AGCCAGAUUACGUAGGGGAAUAACUUGCAGUUAGUAGAUAGCACAACAUAACACAUCACUACAACAUUAUUAGAAGCCUCUCAAGAAGAAUCAAUCAUAACUAAACAACUCUUCAAUCUCCUAUCAGUUAUUCAGUUUUUUGGUUACUGUUCCACGUCAUCGUCAAUGAUCAGUUUUUAUCAACUUCAUUCAAAGUCCAGUGCGCGUUUGAAACGUUCAAUAUGAUUAUGUGUGUUUUAAAAGUGUCUGAAGACUUACAAUGUGGUAGAGUUUGUCAGUGUGUAGAGAGGCAGAUUUUUGUACGUCCACAGAUUUCAGAGUAAUAGAAAUAGAUGAAAAACUGGGAGCAUUUGCAGGUCGGCCAUAACAGGGAGUACAACUUUAUUGAACUUAAAUUGAUACAGACUAAAUAAACCAAGUAGGUAACUAAUUCAAAUUGUGAACCAAAACUUACUUGCAGCUUACAAUGCACCCAUCGCGUAUUCUAUAGUGCAAUACACUUCAACACUGAAUCAAUGUUAAUCAUAAGACAUGCUGACAGUUUAACUUGAUCCGACUGCAUCGGUAAACAGAGACGAUUGGAUCAUUAAAUUCUCAAACGACAAUAUUUUCAGUUAGUAGCUGAUUGGUAUUCAAACUGUUAACAACAGUGGCUUACUUUCACACCAUGUGAUCUCACAUUAAUACACUUAUUUUUAGAUUCAUUAUCAACUUACGGUACGUGCUAUAUAGCCGGUGUAUAUUGUAACUGUGCUUGUUAAUAAUAUUGUACGAUACGGUACCGUAUAUCUACGUUCGAAUAUCUACGAUUAACUUCAACUCUGUUUAGUAAGUUUAGAUAAAUUGAAUGUGCGUGUAUGUGUUAUCAACUAUACAUCUAAUACAGUACUAUAAUUUCAAAUAUUAUUCUUCAAGAAUAAUUAUAAACUUUGACUCUUUUCUAUAAGUUCCUAUUUGCCUACAAUUAUAUGAUAUAAACUUCUGUGAGUUUCGUGUAAUUGACUCUCUUUUAGUAAAUUUAGAGAGAUAUAGGUACUCUGAUUGCAGAUUUGGAUAUUAUACAAGUCGAUUAUAGUGACUGUGUUUGUUACUAGUUGUACGACGUCUAAUACCGAACUACAAGUUCAAAUAUCUACUUAAUAAACUUUGACUAUUCUGUGAGUUUCGAGAAAUCGACUCUCUUAGUUUAUAUAAUAGUGGAUUUAGAUAAAAUAGAAUCAACGUAUUACACACGAGCAUAUUCGUUAUCGUAAAUUUAUAGCACUAUAUAUACACGGUAAGCGUUUAUUUACAGUAUUUUUAUUAUAAUAAUAUUGUGAUUGAAGUUCAGUGGAAGCUUUGAAGUUGGAAAAUGGAAUCUCAAACUGGAAAUACUGUACAAUCUGAUACAGACAAACCGUCUUCAGUGUUAUUGGAUGGUGAACUGACAAGCAAUAAUGAUAAGAACAAAGAUAAAUUGUCGCAUGAGCGCAGUAAUACAGGAAAUGCAAGCCUACUGGACAAAGCGUACCAUCUACUGCACUAUCACAUAGUACCAAUUGUGUUCAUAGUGUUCUUCACAAGUUCGGUCCAAGUGUUGGCAUCACUGGGGCGCGACGAGCACAUCACACUCGGUCUCAUAGUGCCGCGACUAUACGGCGACAGGCACUCAUGGACCAUUGUAGCCGCCAUCUUUGUAUGGGCCAUAUUCUGGCUCAAAGUGCCCAGCUCAAAGACCUAUGGGCCGGAAACGUUUUAUGGGGCCAUUCCCGAGUACCAGGACAACGGUAUGUUAUUCUUCAUAGCGUCAGUGCUCGCUUUUUUUGGCAUCCAGCUCUACUUCACCGAAGUGAGUAUGCUUAUCUUCUGGAACAUUCCAUGGAUGCUGGCCUCCCUCAACAUAGUCGCAUUCCUGCUCUGCUUCUUCUUGUUCGUGCAGGGAAUCCUGCGGCCGGACAACAGGAACGACAUCAAGGACCUGCCCUACCUGUUCCUAUUCUACAGGGGGGUCAACCUGCACGCCAACAUAUGCGGAGUCGACAUAAAACAGCUGACUGUUAGCAGGAUUGGGUUGAUUGGUUGGCAGCUGUUAAUACAGGCCUUCUUUGUGGCCUCAAUUCAUAACUACGGAUUCAACCAUGGGGUGGCCGUUUGCUUCCUGCUUCAGGUGAUCUACAUAGCGAAAUUCUACUGGUGGGAAUCGGGCUACUUCUGGACAUUAGACAUCGCGUUCGAUCACCCUGGCUACUACCUGUGUUGGGGCGGACUAGUGUUCGUGCCCGCGCUCUACACCUACCCCACCUACUACCUCGUGUUGCAUCAGCCUACUAUCGACAUCCUCAUGUCGAUAAUGUUGUUAACUAUCGGUUUCCUCGCGGUCGCCAUGAAUUUCCGGGUCGACUACGAGAAGCAAGCGUUCCAGAAGAACCGCCACAACGACAACUUCAAACUGUGGGGCCGUCGCGUCCAGUUCAUCCCCGCCACCUACACCGAUUCGCUGGGCGUCCAGCACCAAUCCAAACUACUAGUUUCGGGCUGCUGGGGAGUGGCGCGACAUUUGAACUACACCUUUGAACUUUUGCUGGCGCUCACCUGGUCACUGCCUGGAUAUCAGUUCGGAGUACACACGUUUCUCUACGUCAUCUUUCUCCUUGUUCUACUCGUGCAACGGUGUUUUCGCGAUGAGAAAAAGUGCUUAGAGAAGUACGGAAGUGCAUACAAAGAGUACUGCGAUAAAGUGCCUUUCAGAUUGAUACCGUAUGUGUUUUGAAAAUAGAUAGCAUAAGUCUAAGAUAAAAUCUGCUUCAAAUUUGGAACAUAAACUACCUAUACCAUGGGAUAUCUUUACCUGCUAUCUUUUCUCGAUGAAUGUAGCCUACUUGAUAGAAAGAUUAGAAUUUCUUAUGACUGUCUUGAUAGAAAGGUUAGAAUUUCUCUAAGGUACAGUCAUAGGCGGGGUGCACACCGGAGAAACGCGUUUUUUUAAACAUCUUUAUUGCCCAUAAAAACAAAAUACAAAAUAAAAAAACUUACAAAAGAAAUAUUCUAGAUUAUAAUAUUAUGCUAUUUUACAAAUAAAUUAAAAUUACAUGGCACCACCCAGCAAGGGCAAAACCCUGACCGCUGAGUGAGAGUAUCAGCUGUUUAGACAAUAUAAAAAUUUAUUUACUAAUAAUAAAAGCUACAAAAAAUAGAAGUUAACAAUAAAUUACUAGUAAUUAUAAUAUUUGACUGAUGUCGAAGAAAAAUUUUUGUAUCACCCACUUAUUUAUCUGUUCCAUCCUCUGUCUACCCCUAUUAGAAAGAUAUUCUGACAAUGCAUUUGGCAUGAUAUUUAUUAUUUUUGAGCUAAGAUAUCCCAAUUGUCUUCGCACUAUUGUCAAAUCUGAAUAGUUAAUAUUAUAAAUGUUAUGAGAUCGUGAAGCCCCUUUCAGAAACUUGUUUCAUGCAAUCCGUUUCACUCGCGCAUGUAUACAAAAGAAACGGUUUUCCCCGUCAGUUUCAUGAUGGAUUCCGAUGACGAUAUGGUCGAUUUGUCGUGGUGGCUAAGGAAUAAAAAGAAAAGACGAAAAUACAGGGUACAUCCACUGAUCAGGGAUCGAGACCAUAGUUCCCUCGUUGUUGCGAACUUGCUCAUAAGCGAUCCUAUCAAAUUUAAGGAUUUUUUCCGAACGUCUUAACACUAUUUUAGUUUGUUUGAUGGCAUUGGUUUUUCUACAACUUCGGCCAACUUCACUAAGAAUGAAAUUCCUGCCAUAAUUUUCUAUAAAUCACACAAUUUCUCAACGCGAAACUACAGCUAGAGGAAACUGAUUAUUCGAGUUUCACGCAAUCAAAGAAACUGGAGUUUCAUGAGACUCAGUGUGCACAACCCUGCUUAAUCUUAUUAUUCGUUUGCGAGCAACUUUCGUUUCACCUGAAACUUGUUUCACGAGACGCGUUUCUCCGGUGUGCCAUAGAGAAAAGAUAGCAUUAGGCUCGCAAUAAACGGUAGAACAUGCAUGCUAUCUUUUCUUUAUGGUAAUAUGUUGAUAUUAUUCGAAAAGUUAGAUUAUUUAUUUUAUGUUAGAAACCCCUUGCUGAUAAUCAACAUGUGCAUGAGUAUGAUAAACAUCCACAAUGUGUAUGAUAACAGCCUAAUGCUUUAUAUUUUCUCUAAGACUGUACCAGAGAGAAAUUCUAUCCUUUGUAUGACUGUACCUUAGAUAAAAGAUAGCAUUAGGCUGGUCAUAAUAAACGGUAGAAUAUGCAUGAUAAACAUCAUUGCAUGCAUGUUUAUCAUACACAUAAACGACAUGUUCAUCAUCAGGGAGAGGCUUCUAACAUAGAAUAAGCAACGUAACCUUUUGAAUAAUAUCAACAUAUUCCCAUUAAGGGCCGAAUUCACCAAAACGAAAACUUGGGGGCCCAGUUGAUUCAUCUAAUAAACAAAAAACUGACUUGGAACCAACUGCCGCUCAGCCUAGUUUUCGUUUUUGCUGAAUUUGGGCCUUGAAAGCAGAAACCUAACCUCCUAAGCUUUCCUUUUACCUUGUCUGAAAAAAUUACAUUGAAUAAUAUAAACAAAU